CGCGGGGGUGUGAAGGCACGGAGAACCGACCGGAAGGAGGAGCAGAGAUGGCGAUGAUCGAUCGAGCGAACGACCCGAUGAUGGCGGAGGCCAAGCGGUUCAUGGAGGACUACUACAGGACGUUCGACGCGAACCGGGCGGACUUGGCGAAAGUGUACCGGUUCGAGUCGCUGGUGAACUUCAGCGGCCGGAUGAUCGAGGGCAAGGAGGCCAUCGUCGCCAAGCUCACCUCACUUCAGCAGUGCCGGCACCAAAUUGGCCACAUCGACUGCUUUCCCUUGAGCGAAACCGGCGGCGUGAUCGUCAUGGUCACCGGCUACAUGUGGCUUGACGGCAAGCCGGACGCCCUCCUUUUCAACCAGUCGUUCCAUUUGAUCCCAUCACCACCGGCAGAAGGAGAAGGAGAUAGCUUUUACGUAGCCCAACAAAUUUGGUCGGCUUAUGAUUUCAACAAUCAUCGGGCCGCCUUGGCUUGAUCGCGAAGAAUGUCCGAGACCAAA